CAGAGCCUUAGCAUUUUCGGAGUGGGAUCACCAUCUCCAGCCGGAGAUCAUGUUGAUCAUCUCUUCUUCGUUUCGGCGGUGAAGGUGAAGCUGCAUAAGAAACUGGGCAGAAAGUUCUUAAAAACUGACUUGGACAACCUGUACCAAGACAAAACACCAGCGAAAAGAACGGCUACUCUGUCGCCGCAGGAGAAAAAAGAAGAGGCAGCACGCAUGCAGGAGAUGCGCCAGCGGUUCGAGAAUUGGCGUCUUGCGUACAGCCCAGAGCUGGAGACGCGGGAGAGACGCGCGGA